AUGAUUACAGAUUCUAAAUGCAGUGGAGUAUUGAUCUCGCCACGUCAUAUUUUGACUGCAGCUCAUUGCUUGCUUUAUAAGAAAAGGAAAUCUGUUCUUACGAAGAUGGAGUGCAGAAGGAAUGGCCACAGAAACACUCACCGGUUUAAAACCGGUACGUAUUGGGUCUUCGUCGGCAGUCGAUGUAUUGAUCCGCAAAGAUGCCGGAUACCGUGGUUGAGGGUUGCUCGUGUGCACUACCAUGAGGACUACGAUGAAUGUAGCUUGGAAGAUGAUAUAGCAGUCCUCGAAUUAGCUGAAAGCGUUCCUAGUCAAUGGGCUACACCCAUAUGUUUACCGGAUAGGGAAGAGACUAUUUCUCGACCACCUCCAAAGCCGCAGGAUCCGGAAGGACAGGUAUGCGUAUGUUUCAAUAUGUCGAAUCACUCCACCGUUCCACUGUGA